AUGUCUGCCUCAGCCGACGAUCAGUAUGAGCAACAGAACGAUGUCACCAGCGGUGACGUGCCCUCUGGGGUGAAGGGCGACAACGAUUACGCCAGCCGUACCGGUCAAUCUCACAUUCCCGUCCAGAAGGAUGAGGCCAGCAUUGAAGAUCACAUUGAUGCUGCCACUGCAGAUUCAGAUGCAACACUCGCUAAGGAUGAUGCCGAUGCCAUUGAUCAAAGCAAUAUCAUUGGUGGACGCACUCGAGGUGCUGCACCAAGUGGUGGCUACAGGGAGCCAGGUGAUGAGGAAGGAUUGCCUUCAGACACCGGUGUCAGCGCAGUGGGCUCUCAAUCUUGA